AUGUUAGACAAACUCUUGAAAGGUUUGUAUUUGUCAAUAUUGUCAUUGUUACAUUUACUUGCAUCUAUGGCAAAUGCCACAACUCACUUCCAUGGAUUUGUUGUUCAAGAGACGAAGGUGAAACGAUUGUGCAAAACCCAUAAUUUGAUCACAGUGAAUGGUCAGUUUCCAGGGCCGACAUUGGAAGUUAGCAAUGGCGAUAGUUUAGUGAUAAAGGUUGUUAACAGAGCAAGAUAUAACGUCACCAUUCACUGGCAUGGUGUUAGACAAGUUAGGACAGCAUGGGCAGAUGGACCUGAAUUCAUCACUCAAUGUCCGAUUAGGCCAGGAGGGAGUUAUACCUAUAGGUUUACGAUUUCAGGUCAAGAAGGAACGUUAUGGUGGCAUGCACAUAGUUCGUGGGUUAGAGCGACUGUUUACGGUGCUAUUAUCAUUCGUCCAAGAAAAGGAGAAUCUUUUCCAUUCGCUAAACCAAACCGUGAUUCAGUCAUUCUUCUUGGUGAAUGGUGGGACGCGAAUCCUAUAGAUGUCAUAAGGGAAGCCACAAGAACCGGAGCAGCUCCAAAUGUUUCUGAUGCGUAUACUAUCAACGGUCAACCUGGUGAUCUCUAUAACUGUUCCAAAAAAGAUACGGUUAUUGUUCCGGUGAGUUCGGGAGAAACAAACCUUAUUCGGGUGAUUAAUGCCGCAAUGAAUCAACAGCUAUUCUUCACUAUUGCCAAUCACAAAUUCACUGUUGUGGGAGCUGAUGCUUCAUAUGUGAAACCCUUCUCGACGGACGUCCUCAUGCUUGGACCAGGCCAAACCACGGACGUCCUCAUAAAAGGUGAUCAGCCACCAGGUCGAUACUACAUUGCUGCAAGUGCUUAUGCCAGUGCACAAGGUGCUCCAUUUGACAACACCACCACCACUGCUAUUUUGCAAUAUAAUGGAAAAAAUGGCAUCGCUUCGAAGCCGAUUAUGCCGACUCUCCCGGCGUUUAACGACACAAAAACGGCCACCGCCUUCACCACCAGCUUCCGGAGCCAGAACAAAGCCGAUGUUCCAACCAAGAUCGACGAGAAUCUGUUCAUCACCGCCAGCCUUGGAGUCAACCAGUGCCCACCGAAAGCCAAGCCUAGCAACUGUCAGGCUCCAAACGGAACUCGGUUCACCGCCAGCAUGAACAACAUAUCUUUCGUGCUCCCCACCAACUUCUCCUUGCUACAAGCACAUCACCAGGGGAUCCCUGGAGUUUUCACUGCCGAUUUUCCGGCAAAGCCUCCGGUGACCUUCGAUUACACCGGUAACAUAAGCACGUCCCUUUGGCAACCAAUCAGUAGAACUACGGUGUAUAAGUUGAAAUAUGGAGCAAACGUGCAGAUAGUGUUGCAGGGAACAGGUAUCUUCACCGCCGAGAACCACCCGAUCCAUCUUCAUGGAUACGAUUUCUAUGUAAUUGCAGAAGGAUUCGGGAACUUCAACCCGAAGACCGACACUGCUAAGUUCAAUCUUGUGGAUCCAGCUCAAAGAAAUACAGUCAGUUUGCCAGUGAACGGAUGGGCAGUCAUUAGAUUCGUUGCAAAUAAUCCAGGUACGUGGAUUAUGCAUUGCCACUUAGAUAUCCACAUUGGGUGGGGUUUGGCGAUGGUCUUCCUAGUAGAGAAUGGGGUUGGAGAUCUGGAGACAUUAGAGCAACCACCAGAAGAUUUGCCGGCCUGUUGAUCGAUAUCAUCAUCAACAAUAUUCAAGAUCGUCAAGUUGUGUAGAAUUAUGAUUUCGAUCCCCAAAUUGGGGAUUGGUCAUUUUUUGCUUCUCUAUUCAAUUUGUUUCAAUUGUUUGGAAGAUGAAACA